AUGUUAUCAAAAUAUGGAGAAGACUGUAUCUGUAUUGAUGGAACGCGUGGGCUUAAUGGGUAUGAUUUCGAAGUGACCACUCUCUUAGUACUGGAUGAUCUCAGGCAAGGAUUCCCAUGUGCAUUUCUAAUUUCGAACAGGAAGGACGCCGAUGUUUUAAGUAUACUUUUGCAGUACGUAAAAACACAGGUUGGACCAAUUUGCCCCAAUGUAUUCAUGUCUGAUUUGGCAGAGUCAUACAGUAUUGCAUGGAACAGGACAAUGUGUGCUCCUAAGAUGAGACACUAUUGUACAUGGCAUGUGGACAGACAAUGGAAAACUAAUAUCAAGCAGAAAAUUUCGGAUCUGGAUAAAAGAAAUGAGGUGUAUCGGCUCAUUAAAUCAGUGUCAAUGCUGAGAAAUGUAAGUAUGUUUCAGGAAUCACUGCAAAAAGCACUGCAGAAGCUCAGUAGUGACCCUGACACAUCAGAAUUUGCUUCAUACUUCAAGACACACUAUGAGGGAAAUGUGGAGUGUUGGGCCUACUGUCACAGAAUGUAUGCCGGUCUCAAUAUCAACAUGCAUGUGGAGAGUAUGCAUAGGACGUUAAAGGAAAUACAUGGUAAUGCAAGACAGAUAAAACGACUGAACAAAGGCAUAUCUACACUAAUGUCCCUAGUUACAGCCAUGAUGUUUGACUGGCUUAUAGCAAAUGUAAAAGGGAAGGUUACAAGCACAGUUCAAGACAUUCGUAAUAAACACAAAACUAGUUUGUUAAUGGAUAAGGACCUCAUCACUGAGGUAGAUGGUGGUUGGGAAGUGCCAUCCACAUCAUCUUCAGAGGUGUACAUUGUUAAAGAUAACAGAGUCAACUGUGAGUGCAAAUUAAAAUGUAGUGAUUGCAAUGUGUGCAUACAUAGGUGUUACUGUACAUGUAUGGAUUACAGUAUUAGAUUCAAUAUGUGUAAGCACAUUCACACUGUUUGCCGAGAUGACAGUGUUGGUGAAAAUCACCUGCAAAGUCCAGAGGUAGUGGGUACUGAUGUUGAUGCCACCAGUGAGAGAGCAGCAAUAUUAGCUGAAGUAAGCACAAAAUAUGUUUCAAAAACACCAAAAUCAUUGUUAGAAGGGAGACAGGAGCUUAUUUCAGUGUUUUCCAAUAUUGUCAGUGGAAUGACUGAGACUGAACUGCAGUUGGCCAAAAAAACUGUGUUAUCCUUUAAGGCAAAUGUAGGAGCUGUUCGAGCCCGAAACAGUUAUUUCAAACAAACAGAUAAGGGCCAGAAAAGAAAGCUAAUACCACAGCGGAGGCUGUUUUCUACCAAGAAGAAAACAGCACGUAAUAUUUCUCUGGCUGUUCCAAAUGCUGAAGGAAGAUGUGAAGUAGUAAAAUCACUUCUGAAUGAGGGUAUGUAUCAAUUUUCAAGUUAUUGA